UUCUUCCUUCCCUAAUAACCCCGCACGGCCACAACUCAUUCAAACCUGAAGCCAAAUUUCGCCAGAAAAAGAACAUUUCUUUGCUCGACGUUUCCUUCACAUCUCGCAGCCAUGGAUGCCGUUGAUUCCGUCGUUGAUCCUCUCAGAGAGUUCGCCAAGGACAGCGUUCGUCUCGUUAAGAGAUGUCAUAAACCCGAUCGCAAGGAAUUCACCAAGGUCGCCGUUCGUACCGCUAUCGGCUUCGUUGUGAUGGGAUUUGUAGGGUUCUUUGUCAAGCUAAUCUUCAUUCCGAUCAACAACAUCAUCGUCGGAUCUGGUUAGAUUAGGUCACAUGAAGUACGUAGGUGAUGGCGGCUGGUGUUUACAUUUAGUGCAACCUGUGUUCAUUGAGGAAUACUUAGCAUUUAGAACUUUUAAAUCCGCGUGCGUAAAUUGAGUAAACCCCAGGAUAUAUGGAAAAUUUUCUUGUCGUAUUGAUGAACUCAUCUAUUUAUAUUUGAAUGUUAACAUGUUCUUUUUGUCAAAUAUUCGUUCUUGAAUUUUGUUGUUUAAGAAGUGUUUAUAUUCAUGUUUA